CCAGACUGCCGGCCUCGCCUGCCUGUCCCGGCCGCUAUCCUUUCCUCCGACGUUCCUCGGGCCUGCCGUGUGCCUGGCCGAGCACCAGGCCGGGGAGGGACCCGUGUCACAAGUGGGCGAUGCGAUCUUGCGCUCUGGCUGUUGGGGAGACUCGGAAGGCUUCCUGGAGGCGGUGACUUUAGGCAGAACCCUAAAGGGCAGAUUCAUUCAUUCAAUGAACGAGUAUUUGUAGGCGCCUACUGUGUGCCAGGCUUUGGGGGCCUUACGACCCUAGAGCUGCUGCUAUGUACCAAAAUUCUUGGCCCCUCCCCCCCAAUAGUACGCCUACUCAACGCAGAGAGACGCCAAACACACUGAAGUUCGGGAUCAUGGGGUCUUGUUAAAUACCCUGCGAACGGCGUUUGCCCCCAUGCACAGUCUGUGGCCCCCGCCUCCUGACCCCCGUCAGUGCAGUCACGGGCCUGGGCACUGCCCGUCCAGCUUCUGCACACAGUAGACGCCCGACGCUCAGACACACCCUCGGCCCGGCCCGGCCCGCAGCUCCCGGCCAAGCGCGGCGGAAGCGGCGCGGGACUACAUUUCCCAGCAUGCCCCCCGCGGCCCGGAGCGAGGCGAGGCUCGGUGAGUCAGAGCCGCACAGUAAAUAUUUGUAUUAGCCGGAGCCGGCUCGCUAAUGGUGGACGCGUGAGGCGGAGGAGCGCGCGGCGGCGGGAGGCCGGAGCGGGCAGGCGGCGGCGGCGCCAUGUCCGUGAACAUGGACGAGCUCAAGCACCAGGUCAUGAUUAACCAGUUCGUGCUGACGGCUGGCUGUGCGGCCGACCAGGCGAAGCAGCUGCUGCAGGCGGCCCACUGGCAGUUCGAGACAGCCCUCAGCGCCUUUUUCCAAGAGACCAACAUCCCCUACAGCCACCAUCAUCACCAGAUGAUGUGCACUCCUGCCAACACCCCCGCCACGCCCCCCAACUUCCCUGAUGCCCUCACCAUGUUCUCCCGUCUCAAGGCCUCCGAGAGCUUCCACAGCGGAGGCAGCGGCAGCCCAAUGGCCGCCACAGCCACGUCGCCCCCGACGCACUUCCCACACGCCGCCACCGGCAGCUUCGCGGCGCCCAGCUGGCCGGCUGCGGCCUCACCCCCAGGGGGGGCACAGCACCAUCAGCCGCAGCAGCCGUCUCUGUGGACUCCGGCACCCCCUUCCCCGGCGUCAGACUGGCCUCCCCUGGUCCCCCAACAGGCUGCCUCAGAACCCAGGGCCCACCCUGCCAUGGAGGCCGAGAGAUAAGGGAGGCCCCUCCCCCCUCCCGGAGGCCAGGACCCCGUGGGGCGGGGGAGAGGACGUCUCUGCGGGCCCCCUUCACCGUCCUCUGUCUGCACCCCAAUUCCCCGGAGCCCUGGAGGGGAGAGACCGGACCCUCGUGCCAGCACACAGGCGGCCCACACGUGUACCCGGCAGCACAGGCCUGCGGCACCCAGCUUUCAUGGAUUUGGCUCAGAGUCGUCCGGGUGCUGGUGGACAGAACCUCAGAGAACAAGCAGCCUUCCCCCGAGGACUCACCCGCCCCGCCCCACCCCAGGGGGCUGCGGAGAAUCACCAUGGCGGAGACUUGGCUGGCUCCUGCCUUGGAGCUCCCUGGGGCUGGCGGGCCUCGAUCCCCACCCUCGGGAAUGCAGAGCCUUCUCCGCAUGUGUGCGUGUAGCUGUGUCUGUGUAUUUAUAUGUAUGUCGCUCUUCAAGAAGCAACCUAGUUUAUGGGGCAGCUGGACUUUGCAUGUUAGAGUGAGCCCCCUCUCCCCUUGCCCGCCGUCCCUCUCCCCAGGGUCCUGCCCCUCUCCCCUGCCCCCUGGGCAGUCAGCCUUGCUGUUCCCUCCAGAGAAAAGGAUUGUGGGAAACUGCAGGACUCUUCCCACCCAUCCCCCAGCGCCUGCCUGCUGGGGCUGCCUGCAUGCCUCCCCAGAGCCCGGGGGUACCCCAUCCCCAGUUCCUUUUCCCCUUUUAACAAAGGAGAAGAAAGAGUUCCAAACCACCA